UGUGUGUGUGUGUGUGUGUGUGUGUGUGUGUGUGUGUUUGACCUUUAGUUGAUCUCCACACUCGAAUAAACUGUGAUUUUAAAAGGUCUUGAAAUAACACCAAUAUCAGUGUGCGAGUCGCUUCCUGGCUGCUGAUUGGCUGGCUGUGAUGACGCGACGUCGUGGAAGAUGCAACAUGAUUCAAGGCGUUAAACUGAUGUUGAAAGUUAAGGACCCAUCGCUGCGUCUAUGAACGAUGAAAUGAGCCUGUCUCCCCCUGCUGGUCUCAUUGGUGUACUGCACCACAGAAGCAUCCUCUACUCACUCUUAACUUCUCCUGCUGAUGUUGUGGAUCUCUCCUCCUCCUCCUCCUCCUCCUCUGUCCUCCCAGUGCAUAACGUAUGAUAUGUUUAAAGUGGAGGUUCUUACCUCAAACCUUCAAACAUAUUCUGUGUGUUUCACGUUAUAGGAUAAUUUACAACUGUGUACCUGGUAUCUCCUCACUUUGUCCCUGUGUCGGCCCACCCAGGUGGACCCUUUCUCUCGCCUGAAGUUAGCUGCGAUUGACUCCCGUGUGCAGGGGAAUUUGAAGAUGGAUGGGUGGACUGUGGAUCGAUAUAAGUUUUCCUCUGAGACUUUGUUGUUGUUGUUUUUCACCCUUUUCAUCGUGUUGUUUGGAGAGAAGUCGGGUUGCCACGAUGCAAGUAAAAGAAGUUCAUGGCGACCGCGGGGACGGAGGAGGUUGGUCUGUGUACGAAGGAGAGGUUUGUGAGCUAAAAGCUACCAGAUGCUAGUUUAUAUCCAAUUAAAACACAAAGUAACAACGAGAGGAGGAAGUAGACACCGGGUGGCAACAUGAAUACAACUGUCCUCUUAACCCAUGUUACAUGGAGGAUGUAAUAUAUUGUGUUAUGUACAGUACACAUGUAUAUGCAAAGUAUAUACGCGUGUAUGCAAAGUAUAUACAGCAUCGACUUACUUUGUUCUGGAAUAUGAGAUUAUUCAAAAGCUGUACAUGCAUGUGGAUGAUCACCUUGUGUAUGUUAAGGACAUCGUUUGUCUCUGCGAUGAUUGUGGGCUGAACAACACGAGCAUGCAAAACACGUCCAUUGGAUUUGAAUGCACAGGCUUUGUCUUCACGCCGACGCUCCUUUCCGAUGUGCUGGGAGGACCAAGGGGUCCGUCCUCGGUCUUCUGCAGAAUCCUUCAUGGUUUGACGCGUCGCGGAUCUUCUCUAAAAACAGAAGUUCACUAUCUACGUCCACAAGUAAAGGUUUUGGACGUGGACACAAAUGGUACGCUGCGGUGUGUGCUCAUUAAUGCAACAGUUGAGGAGAGCUAGUGGGAGGGGGGUUAAAGAGGAGGUUCUGCAUCCACUACAUCAGGAGCAGAUUUCCAGGAGUCCACAGAGGAGCACCACAAACUAGGACUGAUAAGAUAUGGCAGCGAACUCUUCCUCCAACGACUCCCUUCAUCCUUCCAACCUCCCUUGCCUCUUCACACAACCAAGCUCCUUAAUCUUCAUUGCAUCCAGCACCACCGUCCUCCUCCUCUUGGUGCCCCUCUUCGUCCUGGUGCUCUACCUGGGUUUCCAACGAUGGCGGCGGCAGCGCUCCGCCUGCUCAUCAGCGGCGACGAGUCACUCGGACAGCUUCGCCUACCACAUGGUCUCCAUCGAGCUGCUUGGGGUUCUGGGGUUCAUCCUCAGCAACUCUAGUAUCCACGUCCCUACAUAUUCUGUGGGGCUGUUUCUUCUGUCGGUGACCUGGUUCGGACAAACGUCCUUUCACAUCCUGACCUGCGUGGAGCGCUACCUGGCCGUGGUCCAUCCCGUCACCUACCUGAGCCUGAGGAGAGAGCGGGGCAUCAGAAUCAGAAACAUCUCCAUCGGAGGGGUUUGGCUGGUCUGUUUCGGUGAGGCGACUAUGGACGUUUUGGGAUAUUUAUCUUUAAAUUUUAAUUUUUGCAUUCUGAUCUUCGCCAUGGCCGUAGUGUCUUUCUGCAGCCUGUCUGUUCUCUGCGUUCUGAUUCGUCCACGGCCGGGGGAACAGGGUGGGGACAGGGUGGACCAAUCCAAGCGGAGGGCCGUCUGCACCAUCGUGGCCAUCCUGGGAGUGCUGCUGUUGAGGUGUGCGACCGGGCUUGCUUGGGUUAUUCUCUAUAAGUUGGGGAAAGAGGAUCCGUGUGAGUUUAUACCAGCAGAAACUUGGACGAAUGUCCUGACUAGUCUGGUUUUACCUCUUUUGUAUCUACACCGAGCGGGAAGAUUACCGGGUUGUAAGAACACCAAUUAAUGCGGUAUGGAAUUUGCAGAAUUGACUUCCAAAGUGAAACAAUUACGUAUAAAGUCGAAUUUUAAAUUCAACUUGGCUUUCUAGCAACCCAGCUCUGAAGCAUUGAAAGUCACCUUGAAAAGAUACAUACAUUGACAUUGCAUUGAUAUUGCAUUCAUUGUUUCCCUACAAACAAAGUUGGGAGACAGAUCGGCUGAUGGAGGAUAAACAUCUGUUAUAAUUAGAGAUUAAAAAAAAAAAUGUAAACACCCUCCGUUAAAAAACAUCUGAUGUAUUUUUGUAGAUUUUCGUUUGAUGUAUAAGUGUUUUUUACUUCAAUUAAUUUAAGAAAAAAUGUUGAGCUAAAAGAGGAGUUUGCAAGAGGCGUGAUUAACAUAACACAACCAUGCAAAUCAGUCAAUGAUAUUUUAUUUGAAUACUCAGCAGGCUUCGUCUUCCCAUCAUUUGACUUCUGUCAACUUCUAAUGGGGCAGAAGGUAUCUGCAGUGGGCUUGAUGUGUUGUGCUAUUAAGUAGUUGAGCAUGAAGGAAUGUUUGAUUUAAAUAUAAGCAGAGUUCAUGUUAUUUAGGAAUCAACUGUUCAAGCAAUUACGAUGUUCUAAUAAAAUAUAUUCAAACAAGGAAGAAACAAGUUUUUUGUUGUUCGUUUUAAUGGGUGCCAGGGAGCUGAACAUGUUCA